AUGUCCAUCAAUACGGCACAAGGACAAACGCUCCAAGUAUGCGGUUUAAAUUUGGAGGAGCCGUGUUUUUCGUACGGGCAACUAACUAUACGUGGCCUGUUCAAGACAAGUUUUCAAGUAGCUCGUACUCUGGCGAUAGCCGGAAAGCCGUUUACUGAUGGCCAAAUUGUAAAAGAGUGCAUUUUGAAGACAGUUGAAGAGAUUUGUCCCGAUAAAAUCAAUUUAUUCACCGGUAUUAGCUUGUCAGCGAAUACAAUUGCACGGCGUACCACAGAUCUCGGAAAUGAUAUUAUUCGUCAAUUAAAAGAUAUUGCUAAAAGCUUUAAAUAUUUUUCAAUUGCUUUGGAUGAAUCUACCGAUACUUCAGACUCAGCGCAGGUGCUUUUAUUCGUUCGCGGAGUUAAUGAAUCUUUUGAAAUAACCGAAGAAUUGGCCGCCGUCCACUCAAUGAAAGAUUCAUGUACUGGUAAUGAAAUUUUUUUGAAGGUAAAAGAAUCUAUUUUUACUUUGGGUCUUGAUUUUAACAUCUUAAAAGCCGUAACUACUGAUGGUGGACGUAACAUGUGUGGAGCACAUACAGGUUUGGUUGGAAAUGUUUGUAAAGUUGUAUUGGAGACUGGUGCAGCAGCACCAAUGGCUAUUCACUGCAUAAUACACCAGCAAGCUUUGUGUGGGAAAAAUGCACCAAUAUCUGAAGUUAUGAAUAUGGUUGUGCAGAAUGUAAAUUAUAUUCGAAAAAGUGCUCUCAGUCACCGUCAGUUUAAGAACUUUCUUACUGAAAUUGAAAGCGAGUACCCAGAUAUUCCAUAUCAUUGCGAAGUUCAAAAAAAUCUUGCCCAUUUUCCAACAUGCAACAAAUUCAAACUUGAAAAUGAUGUAGAAUUUCCUACCGAUUUUGCUGUUGGAGUUCUCACAUAUUUGAAAGAGCAGUUCCAGACCCGGUUUAGAGAUUUCGAAAGUGCAGAAGACCGUAUUCGAAUUUUUGAAAAUCCUUUUGCCAUAAAAAUAGAAACUUUACCGACAGAGUUUCAGCUUGAAGUUAUCGAGCUCAUGUCAAACAACAAUUUCAAAGACUAUUUCAAGGAAGCUAAUCUCCAACAAUUUUACGCCAUGUUACCAAAGGAAUCAUUUCCAAAUCUUAAAAAACAUGAGCGUGAAAUGAUGUCAAUAUUAAGCUCAACAUACUUGUGUGAACAGACAUUUUCAAAAAUGAAAUACGUAAAAUCUAAGUACAGAACUAACUUAAGUGACGAACAUUUACAAGCGACGCUGCUAAUUGGAACCACAAAGUUUGAUGCAAACUAUCAAGACAUUUUAAAAACCAAGCAGUUCCAAACGUCUCACUAA